UACGUGUUUGUUGUUGAUAAGCUACAUUUUGGAACUCUUAUCAGUGCAGUUGCAUAGUUUUUAGGAACAUCCUACCGGAUUACAAGAAGUUUAUUCGAGGCGUUUCUUAGUAGAAUCAACAAGCGAUAGACACGAGUUCAGUUUUGCUCCAGAAGAUGUCUAUCAACGUGGACAUUAAACUACGUCGUGCUAAUAAAGUGUACUACGAAGGGGAAACGGUGUCUGGCAUUGUGCAAAUAGUUUGUGGUUCAGAGAGUAAGCAUGACGGCAUAACACUUGCUCUGGAGGGUUCGGUAAACCUCCAAAUCAGCAACAAGAACGUUGGUAUCUUCGAGGCGCUAUACAACAGUGUGAAACCGAUCACAUUGCUUAAUCAGCACACGGACCUUGCCCCUUCCGGAAAGCUUCUGAUCGGUACAAACGAAUUUCCGUUUGAAUUUCCGCUCAUUUGCCCUAAAGAACCGAAAACACUUUACGAAACCUAUCACGGUGUUUUUGUUAACAUAACGUACAUGCUGCGUUGUGACAUCAAGCGUAGCUUUUUAGCGAAGAGUAUCCAAAAAACACAGCAGUUCAUCAUCCAGUACCGACCGGUCGUGGAGAGACCGUCGAAGGAGAUACAGUUUUCCAUCAGUCCUGAUACACUACAGAAAACUGCCAAAGAACGCAUCUCCAUUCCGCGGUUCCUACUUUCCGGGACGCUCGAUUCUACUGAUUGUUGCGUUACAAAACCAUUCACCGGAAGUGUAACGGUGCACCAUACCGAGGUGGCAAUCAAAUCAAUCGAGAUACAGCUGGUCCGCGUGGAAACGUGUGGCUGUGCGGAAGGCUAUUCACGGGAUGCGACUGAAAUUCAAAACAUUCAAAUAGCGGAUGGCAACGUAUGCCCGAAGGUGCCUAUACCGAUCUAUAUGACGCUGCCCAGACUGUUCACUUGUCCGACGCUUAUAACGAAGAAUUUUAAAGUUGAGUUUGAGGUGAAUCUCGUAAUCAUCUUCGGAGACGAUUAUCUAGUGACGGAAAAUUUUCAAAUUCUCCUGAACAGGACGGCAUAAGUUAUCGUCCAGAAAAAUGUUCUGAUAAUUUUGAUUUGUUUAAACCUAAGGUUAUAGAACUCGCACCUCGUGCGUAUAUAACAAAUAAAAAAAUCUUGAUCCUUUCAAGCUUCGUAACAGG